CACAGCUCACCAAACAUGUCCGAGUCCGGCGGCAUGCCGCCCCAGCACCACGGCCCCCAGAAAGUCCGCCGCCGCCGCGUCCUCCUCUGCCUCGCCUUCACCGCCCUCGCCCUGCUCCUCGUCGCCGCGGCGGCCGCCAUCGCCCUGCUCGCGGUCCUCCGCCCGCGGGACCCCGUCACGGAGCUCCUCUCGGUCAACGCCACGGGCGUCCUCCCGCGCGUCGUCCCGCUCCCCACCGUCUCCGUGCAGCUCAACGUCACGUUCCUCCUCGUGGUCCGCGUGCGGAACCCGAACCCGGCCGCGUUCCGCCACGGCCCCGCCGCCACGUCGCUCUACUACCGCGGCGCGGCCGUGGGCUACGGCGAGGUCCCGGCCGGGACCGUGCCGAGCCGGGGCGCGGCCACCAUUCGGAUGAACAUGACGGUGCAGGCCGACCGGGUCGUGGCGGCCGCCGGGAUCGGGGGCCUCGUCGCGGACGUGCUCGCCGGCGAGAUGGAGUUCGAGGCGAGGACCGAGGUGCCGGGCACGGUCACGCUCCUCGGGCUCGUGAAGCGCGGCGUCGAGGCCAGAUCGGUGUGCCGCGUCGUCAUCGGCGUCGCCGACGUCAACGUUCGGCGUCAGGAGUGCCACAACGAGGCCAAGCUGUAAGGAGUCUUUGAUCUCGGCGAUCGUGCACGUGGUGUGGUGCGCACGUACAGUAUGUGAGUGAAUUUGUACAUGUAUAUAUACAAGUACUAUAUACGUACACAUGUAUUGUGGAAUUCCGGGGAGAAUUAUUGGCUGUAUGCCUGUAUCAGUGUUCCUGUGGCCAUCGGCCAUGCACAAGCUGUUUUUUACUAACAGAGUUAUGUAAUGCUAUAAUUAUAUUACGUUAAACAUUUGUUUGUAUAUGUA